CCUGCAACCAGGUGAACUCGCCCCAUCUCGCGAACACACGUGUCUGAGCGACGAGGAGAAGCACCACACUGCUCAGAGUCGGACUCAAAUGAAAGACUGCGGCACCUCGACCGACAAACCCAACAGUUGCCCCUCCAAACACACUCAAGCUCCUGCCCCACCAUACAAAGCCAGAGACGUGCACAGAGAAGCGGGCCACUGCGAACGCAUCCGAUAUCACACAGAUGUUAGGCUGGAGCCUACGGAGGAGAUCUUUCUGACGCCGAUACAGCGCUGCACUGAGGCUCUGGAGCUCGAGAGAACGCCGGCGCUUUCCCAAGUAAUCCCAGACAGCUCUGACAAUGAAGCUCCCCCUCCGUACAGCGAACAGGAUCUGCAGCCGCCUUCAUAUUCCUCUUGUGUGGCGGCUUUGGCUGCUGUGGCCCCUGACAAUGAAGCAGAAGAAGCAACUGGAGCGGAAGAUCUGUGUUACAGAGACUGCGGCGCAGGUGAGGCUCACGCACACCGCGAGGGUUUGUCGGGAAUGCUGCGGACUUCCAUGAGCAACUCGGACGCUAGUGGACUUUCCUACGAUUCGGUCAAAUACACGCUGGUCGUGGAUGAGCACGAUCAGCUGGAGCUCGUCAGCUUGAAAGAGUGUUAUCACGGUUACAGCGACGACAGCGACUCGGCCACCGUCUACGAUAACUGCAUCUCCUCUCCAUACGAGUCGGCUCUUGAGAAAGAGGACGAGGAGAACGAGAAUGAAGACGGGGGAAGAAAACAAAGCAGGAUCAAACAGGACACUUCGACGUGUCUGUCAGAGGACUCCACGCCUGAAGCCGACAUGCAGUUUUCUCGGAAAUUUGUUAACGUUUUCAUGAAUGGCUGCUCACGCUCUUCCAGUACAGACUCGUUUGGCUUGUUUUCCUGCGUAAUCAGUGGAGAAGAGAGAGAACAGACGCACAGAGCCGUGUACAGGUUUGUCCCUCGUCAUGAUGACGAGCUGGAGCUGGAGGUCAGUGACCCUCUGCUGGUGGAGCUGCAGGACGAGGAUCACUGGUGCGAGGGCUACAACAUGAGAAGCGGAGCACAUGGCAUCUUUCCCGCUUAUUACGCCACUGAGGUCUUCAAGGAGCAAGAGCUUGCUUCAAACGCAAAAAGUACUGAAUGGAUGGAGAGAUAUAGCAUGAAAUUCCUCGGCUCGGCUCAAGUGCUGAAUCACAAAGGCAAUGAUAUUUUGUGUGCAGCUAUGCAAAAGGUUGGAUACGAUUUACGUCACAUUUCACUGCGUAUUUUAAAUGAACAAAAACAAAAAUUGCAUUUCUUACAGUAA